AUGGCUGGGGUUGGAGUCAUCUGGAAGUUUGACUGGGACCCUGAUAUAACUGGACUGCUCUGUCUUUCCAUAUGGUCUCAGGGCCUCUCCCCUCCACAUGACCUCUCCACAUGGUCUCUGCAGAAAGGAGCCAAGCACCGUGAAUCAAUGGAGACCAAACUGGACAAUUUUAGGAGACAUCUACUCAUUAUCAUAAUUGGUGUUAUGAUCAUAGCUUUUGUUUAUACCUGUUUUUGCUUUCUCCAUUAUUACUUUAUGAGCGAUGAUGCCCCCAAAGCAGGGACGGUCAAGAAAGAAGGUGUAAUGGCUAAGUCAUCCAGGUCAUCCAAAAUAUCAUUCAGUGACUCCAAGACAGUUAGUCUGUGCAGUCCAGAAAAACAAUCCAUGCUAUCUGGUAUAGACAAGCUAUCUGGGCUCUCAAGUCCAGGAAAGGCAUCCGUACCAUCCAGUACAGAAAAGUUAAUCAGGCCUUUGAGUCAAGAAAAGUCAUGUAAGCCAUCAAGUCCCAAAAAAGUAUUCAGAUCAUCCCACCAGGAAAAGUCACAGAAACGCAGUCUAGAAAAGGCACGUAAGCAGGCUCAUGCCCAUAAGCUAGUCAAUCAAAGGUCAGUUAGUGCAGGUAGGGCAGAUAUAUUAUCUAGGCCUCAACCAGUCAAGUCUUGUCUAUGCUACAAGGAAAAAUGCCUUGUUUGCAGAGCUGCUUCUGAGUUUUUCGUCAAUAAUAUUUCAGAGGCGAAGAAGAAGAAAUCUCAAAACCCACCUUUUCCACGCGAACUGAAGCCUUUUUCCAAGUCCUUUCAUAAGAUAGAUUCCAGACACAAUGCACUCUGUGGCAAUGCGAAUGACAGUGAUAUGAUGACAUACUACAGUGAUGGUGACAGUGACAAGGAGAUAACCAUUAUCUGCAACAUAAAAUGCAAGGAAGUCAUCUAUAAAACCACCCAUGAAAUAAUUAAGGGCUCAAUAAAAAUUAAAACCACCCAUGAAGAAACAAACUUAUACCAACUGUUUUAUGCUCACCAUCCUUUAAGACACUGA